AUGUUGAACCAUCCGUCGCGCGUGUCGUCGGCGACGGCGUGGACGUUGAACGUGGUCAGCUCAGUGGCCAUCAUCCUCGUCAACAAGCAAGUCAUGACGGGAUACGCCUUCGUCUACGCCACCACGCUGAGCGGCCUACACCUCUCCUUCGCCACUCUAGCCGGGUUGCUCUGCCUCUGCCUCGCGCGCUUCCUCCCCUCCCCUUCCCCCUCCCCGUCCUCCCCCACUCCUGUCUCCCCCUCCGCCACUCUGCUCCUCCCCUCCGCCGCGCCUUCCCCCGCGCCUGUCCCCACGCUGCCUGCGUGGGAGGUGGGUCGUUUCACGCUGCUGUCCAACGUGUGUGUCGUCACCACCAACUUCGCCCUCCUUGCCAACUCCGUCGGCUUUUACCAGAUCAGCCGUCUGGCGAUCAUUCCCCUGACAUGUAUGUUCGAGUCCCUGCUUCACGGAAAGACCUACUCGCCCCCCACGCUAGCAGCAGUGCUGGUGGUGCUGGUGGGCGUGGGUGUGUGCACGGUCACUGACAUCUCUGUCAGCGCCUUUGGACUCGUCACUGCUGCUGCUGGCGCUGUCUCCACGUCGCUGCAGCAGAUUUCGGUGGGCGAGUUGCAGCAGCGUUACGCGCUGGGCUCCUUUGACCUCCUCAUUCAGACCGCCCCCCUGCAAGCAGCGUCUUUGCUGCUGCUGGGACCCGCUGUGGACUUCCUCCUCACAGGCCACAGCGUCAUUCACUACACCCUGACUGCCAGUGCCACUGCGUGGAUUCUCCUCUCCUGCAUCCUCGCGCUCCUCACCACCGUCAGCGUCUAUCUCUGCAUAGGAAAGUUCUCCGCGGUUUCCUUCCAGGUUCUAGGCCACAUGAAGACCAUUGCCAUACUCCUACUAGGCUGGGUGGUCUUUAAAGACCCUCUUACUCCUAAGUCGCUCCUAGGGAUGCUCCUGGCUGUGGCAGGGAUGGUGCUGUAUAGCUGGGCUGUGGAGAGGGAGAGGAGGGCGAGGGAAGGUGAGGGUAAGGACGAGGAGGAGGGUUGUGGAGCAACAAUUGAUGGGGUUGCAGGAGCAGGGGUUGGAGCGACAGGGGUGACAGCACCAGGGGCAACAGCAGCAGGGGCUGUUGAUGAAAGCGGAACUACAGGAAGAUUAAAUGAGGCUACACCACUUUUACGGAAAUUACAGGGUAAUGGAUAUGGUUCUGGCAUAGAUACUGGUAGCAUGGCAUGA